AUGGCGACUUCAGCAAGACAGCCCUUGAUAGAGGACAUCAUCUAUCAUGUCGGACUAUGCUUUCUGCCCGAACCUUGGGAAACGGCCCCGACUCCUGCUGAGGGAGGCGACUUCGAGAUGGACAUGUAUUACCUGCGCAAACUCACCUACCUCUCCCGAGCGACCAAGAGGCUCUUGGAGCCGCUUCUGUUCCGCUUCGUUCUUCUCCGAACCCCCAUGGAUGUUGUCCACUUCUACAUCGACCUCAUCCAGAUACCACGGAUCCGAGGAUAUGUCCGCCACUUGGCCUGUGAUACGCAUAGACGUUCUCCUGGCAGCAUGCUUGAUCUUCGCGUCAACCGGGUACUGGGGAAGAUCCUGGAUGAGCGGAUCAGUGGCAGAGAGAACAAGCUGUCCCUGAUGAAGCAAGGCGAAGCUUGGGAACCAUUCGUCGGCGUAUUUUCAGGAAUGGAGGAGGUGCCAGCAGAACAUCUUGGACCACAUUUAAAGAUGCGUGGAGAUAUCGACUACAUGAUCCAAUCUAUCCUGCUCAGUACGCCCAGGGUCAAAACUCUCGUAUGGCAGCUCGACCAGUUUGAGAGGAUAGACACGUGGGUCUCUAGAAUUCUAAAAUCGGCAGUCAGGGAUGGUCAUGCUCUGUUGCCCGAGUUGGAAGUCAUGGGCCUGAAUUAUCACAAUGUGACGCGCGGCGAGCGGUACUCGCACCUCCAGAACUUUUCAUGGGCACCCGGUUACUGGAAGAACUUGCGCAGGCUGGUACUGUGCGACACAGACUUUGACGAUGGAUUUGGUAAAAUUAUAGACCGGACAUACCGGACUGGCAGGGUCGGGGACCUGGUGCCGGUUGAGGAGCUCAUAGUGAGGGCGAAAAAAGGUCCAGACAUUUCCAACCUGUGGGUUUAUUCAACCCCGGCAGACUCCCACCACUCGCUAUUCCGACCACCGAGCGAGCCCAGUUUCCGACUAUUUGAAAAGGUCAAGCUACUCGACAUUAGCUUUGGGUACUUUUCACGUCGCAACGAACAAGGCUCUGUGAUGCUCGAGGCGUUUGUGCACUGGCUCGGUGCCCCUGAGAAGCUUCACCUCACGGGACAUCCUCCACCGUUCAAGGCCCUUGCUAGGGGUAUUGUGCAUCCUCGGCUCAAGUCGAUUGUGGUGAAGGAGUGGAAGGAUGAAGAGGAUCUGGGACAGGAUGAGAUGCGGCAGAAGGUUGAGGAUUGGUGGAGAGGUCACUUGGCUGUGGUGCCGAAUCUGGAAGAGUUUGUUGUGCAGAGAAUUGGCGAGAGCAAGUUGGCGUUUGGUUGUGGUGGCUUCAUUGGUGUCAGGGCUAUGGCUAUCUCCCCGUUUCGGGAUUUGUUUCAAUAUUGCCAUAAGUAG